AACGCACUCCUUGCUCCGUUCAUUGUGAGUGGCAAGCUAAACGAUGCGAGCGCUCGUAGCUGUUGCCGCCGCCCAGUAGAGUUUCCCCGCCCGAGGACCAAGCACAACGACACUGACAAAGAGAGCGUGAGAGCAAGAUACGAAGACAAGUCCUUUUUUCAAACAAGUGUCAAACGUUGUCGUGGCGAAUUUAUUCAUGCUUUAACCAGUCAUCGGCAGAGCGCGAGCGAGAGGGGAGAACGAGAGCGAGUCAGCCUAGAGACGGAUAAGGAAGGAAUAGGGGGGAAAGAAUUGCUCGUAUAUUUCGGUCCUCGCCAACCGUUACUUUGGAUAUCAAGAAGAUCAGAGGUUGUGUAGCCAUGGGAUGUACACUGAGCGCCGAGGAGAGAGCGGCUUUGGACAGGAGCAAGGCUAUCGAGAAAAACCUCAAAGAAGAUGGAGUCACAGCCGCGAAAGACGUAAAACUACUCCUGCUCGGGGCUGGGGAGUCAGGAAAAAGUACCAUCGUGAAACAGAUGAAGAUUAUCCAUGAGGAUGGCUUCUCUGGUGAUGAUGUGAAGCAGUACAAGCCUGUGGUCUACAGCAACACAAUCCAGUCUCUGGCUGCCAUCGUCCGUGCCAUGGACACCCUUGGCCUGGAGUACGGAGACAAGGAGAGAAAAGCUGAUGCUAAGCUGGUGUGUGACGUGGUGAGUCGUAUGGAGGACACCGAGCCAUACUCUCCUGAGCUCCUGGGGGCUAUGAUCCACCUGUGGUCCGACUCCGGCAUCCAGGAGUGCUUCAGCCGCGCCCGAGAAUACCAGCUCAAUGACUCCGCCCAAUACUACCUAGACAGUUUAGACCGGAUUGGUGCUCCUGACUACCAGCCCACAGAGCAGGACAUUCUCAGAACCCGAGUCAAGACCACUGGCAUCGUAGAAACUCACUUUGUCUUCAAGAACCUGCACUUCAGGCUCUUUGAUGUGGGAGGACAGAGGUCGGAGAGGAAGAAAUGGAUCCACUGCUUUGAGGACGUGACAGCCAUUAUCUUCUGUGUGGCACUGAGUGGGUAUGACCAGGUCCUGCAUGAAGAUGAGACCACGAACCGCAUGCAUGAGUCUAUGAAGCUGUUCGACAGCAUCUGUAACAACAAAUGGUUCACAGACACCUCCAUCAUUCUAUUUCUCAACAAGAAGGACAUAUUCGAGCAGAAAAUUAAGAAAUCUCCCCUUAGUAUCUGCUUCUCGGAGUACACAGGCGCGGACACCUUCAUAGAGGCAGUGGGCCACAUUCAGUCUCAGUACGAGAGCAGGAACAAGUCCCUCCACAAGGAAGUGUAUGCCCACGUCACCUGUGCCACCGACACCAACAACAUCCAGUUUGUGUUUGACGCUGUCACCGACGUCAUCAUCGCCAACAACCUGCGUGGUUGUGGCCUGUAUUAACCCCGAGGAUAGACCCAAUGUGUCCCUGGAUUGACCCUUCUCCUCCACUUUUCCCUCACCCACAUAUCAAAUUAAUUCACCUUUUAGAUUUGUUAAAUAUUAAGACAUUCCGUUGUAUAAAGAGAGACAGCUGUAUUUUGUGCCUCAGGCAUUGAACAUCAUCAGUCGAAGUGAAUACAGGAAAGAGAUAUAAUCCUUGACUGGAACAAUUAGUUUAGUGUCAUAAAGAAUAUACAUUUUGACAAUCACUCACCUGCAAAACUGUUCAAGACAAUCUGGACAUCCAUGGUGAAUCACAUUUCCGAAGAAAGAAUGCAGAGAUUAUAGACAUGCAUUUGAUACAUUUGUAGCAAAGUCGUGUUAGCGGUAGGUUAUUUCAGAAGAUAUGCUGUUUUACUAAAACACUAAGGCAUUUAUUGCUGUUGUGUAACCGUGUGUAAGUGGCAUUGGGUCACCACCAGAGAUAAACUAUCAUCUACAGGUUACAAGGAAAACUGCUCAUCUUUACCAACAAAGUAUCUAUUGUAAUUUGGCAUUUUGCUUAUUGAGUAAUAGUCAUCUAAUAUGAAAGGAAUUUGUGCCUGGAAGGUUUUGUGAAACACUUAAGUUGGAAUUGGAGUUGAUGAGUUGGGGAUUUGUUUGCGGCUAAUGGAAGAUGGUACUGUAUAAAUAAUGUGAAUUUUUGGGUGGAUUUUUUUCUUCUGUUUUGCUUAUAUGUCAUGUAGGUUCUGAGAUUUUAGUCUUGGAAGGCUUUUUUUUGUCACUAGAAGUUUUGUGAGAUUCAAUGAUUGGGUUUGAAAUGUGUAAGGUUUGAAAGUACAACCAAAUAUUUAAUUUACACUGUAGUGGCCUUACUGAAGGGUACAUUUUUACUAAACAGUGUAAUUGGGUAAGAAAUGGAGACCAUUUAUAAUGCAAAUUGGCAGGAGUGACAAUCAACAUAGUCACUGCCUGAAGUUGAGUUAGAGCUGAUAGUUAGAGAUGUAGAAAUAUUCAACUGUCAUAUUUAGUCUAUAAUUUCCUGUUGCAGUUUAGGUGCCUCAGCAGUCUCAAUCAAGCACUUGGAGUUGUUUACCUUAUGGUGAUUGGCCUGGCUAUGUCAGUAGCUAUUUUAUCUUACUGGUGCCAAUGCCAUAUUUAAUGGGAGAGUGAAUAGGCUAAGGAGCAGGACGUUUCUGUGUGUGUUAGAGCAGAUAAAGUAGUAUCUGUUUGUGGUAUACUGUAAGAGAGAGGAUUAGGUAUCUGUGGAAUAAUUAUCCAGAAAACAGCUGUUCCAUUCCCCAUUACACAGACCCUCAGGGAGGACACCAAAUGUCACAACACCCUCCCUGUUCUUCUGCCAAAUAAUGCCAAACCACUCUAAGAAGGGUCAAAACUUCUUGGUUUCUUGCCAAAUAAUAUGCCGCUUCCUAAAUCGGGAGGUGGUCUGAUACCACCCUCCUCGUUUAGCUGUACAAAAACCUGUACUCGUUUCUUGUCAUGGCUGUAGGAAUCGCCAUCUCUUAGAAAGUACUAAUUUGUCUGCCUCACAGCAUCACACCCAUGUAGGUGCCGGGUGAGUGAGGGUAGGGAAGAUGUUACCAUGAUGAUCGUUCUUAGCACCACACCUGCCUUAGCUGGUAGGUGCAGCCUCGUGUGUUAGAUGACUCUGAUACUCUAGUCACUGCAGUGAUUCUAGGGGCUCUGUCAAAUAUUUGUUGACUGUACUGCUGUACACUAAAAUGUCAUUGCAGUAAGAUACUGUGUGUUGCUUCGGUAGAUGCACAGGACAUGGGAGGCAAAGGCUUGUGCCAACCCUCAGGCCAGUUAGUUCUCCACAACAGGACAUGAACUCUAAAUUGUCAUGAGCAGACAAGUUCUCAUUCUGUGCCAAAUCUGUUGAGACAGUGUUCAUGUGCUACAUUUGACAUUUUAUGAACAAUAAGAAGCAGGGGAGAAUGACUGCCCCCUCUCAUUGAAGCCACAGAAGUUCAAGGCCUACUGUGGUACUUGUGGUGAAUCUUCAUGUAAAGAAACAUAUUUUUUAAGACAAUCUUGGUACCAAUAAUUGCUUCUAAUACACCAGAUGUAUGUCCUUAAACCGAUUCUUUUACAAUCGCACACGGAACAAGUUCUAAGUAUAAUUUAGUUGCUAAUUGCAGCCUGCAGUACCCCGGUCGACCUUCUACUGGAGUUACUCAGUGAGAGGGGGCAACACUGAGCUAUCCUGCAAUGCCACUUCCUGGAGUUGCUCAAACUACGCAUGUUAUAUCUUGUGUUAUAUCUAUAUCUUAAAUAAUGGUGUCACAUGAUCAAUGGCCUUGUCCAUUCAUAUAUACAGUCAUUGAGUAUGUUUACAUGCACACUAAUAAUUAGAUAUUAAACUGAUUAUGGCAGUAGGCAGAUUUUGCAAUAGUCAUGUAAACACCUUACUCUGCUUAUCUUAAUCGGUGUCAGGUCAAAAUCAAAGUAGGCAUAUGCUGAUUAAAACACCUGGUUUUCUGAGCAAUCUUUUGAAUUAUUAGGACAUGUAAACAUCUUAAUCGGCGCUCCAGCUGUGUAUUUGAUCUGUGCAUGUUCUAGCACCUGCCAAGCGAGCCUCCUUCUUCCGCGAAUGAAGUGAGCGGAACAACUGAAUGUAAGCGCCUUAAGUAGUUUUCAUAUGCAAACUUUUUAUGACUGAAAUCAGAAUAAAAUAUGUUUCCCAAAAAUGACAUGGUCACUGUGGUAGAAUGUUUGUUUUGAUUGGCGGUUUUCUACAUUUAUCAGAGUGCCAUCAGGUAGCCUGAUUUCAGAUCUGUUCAUGUAAGGUUUAUUAGGGAAAUCGUUCUUCUUGCAAAGCAUUUAAACGUUUUAAUCAAACUAUUAUAUGAAUCUGACUAUCCACGAUAAUGGAAUUGUUGUGUAGAUGUAACCGUACUCAUUGAUAAGAAGCAUGUACAUGCUGCGCUGUCAGCAAGCUCUCAGGUUCCCAGCUGGAGUUAUAAUCUCUUCUUUACCAGAGACUAAACUAAGACAGAAGCCAUCAGAUUCAGAUUCUGGAGGGCAUGUGUAUGUCCCAGAGCACACACCCAGACAGUCUGUCUCUCUGCUCAUCUUAUAGCAUUGCCUUAAACCUGACUGAUGGCAAAUAAAGCCUAUGUCCAGGGCAGAGAGAACGCUGGGUAAUAGAGUUUAUGUCCACAGUAGUGAGACUGAUGGAUAAUGAAGUCUUAGGGCCAAGGUAAAGAGACAGAUUUGUAAGUGUGUCUGUCUGCUGGAGAGAAACAGAUGGGAGGUACAAUAUGUUGCCCUGAUUAAACUGGAUCUCAGGUCUAGUGGGUACUGAGAGAGAGAGAUAGUAGUGAAUAUCAUGUACAGCAGUGAAGUCCCCUGAUGUAAUAGAGAUCAACCUUGGUGAAGGCUGAGAUAGUUCAUGUACCGCAGGUACGUAGCUGUAGUACAGUUGAUUGGGUGUCAGCCUCUCCGAGUCCCCAGUUUGUGAGUCCCAAUCCUCUCUUUCUCUCACACACACACACACACACACACACACACACAAGCUCCCUAUCACAGCAGGCAAAACAUACCAGUAUUUUGACUGCAGCCAUAAAUAAUAAAACAGUCGGCACAAUAGAACUUUGAAAAGCAGAAUUCUUAAAUCCUCCUUCGACUUUCCCCGAAUGCAUUUCACCUUGUGUUACACAAAGACUGCCUCUGCAUCAGCAUGGGAGGAAUACAUUGGAAACUAUUCUCUGGAGCUUACCACAACCCCCAUGAAGAAAUUCAAUUUACACCCCACACAAGCAGCACUAGGAUGCUGACAGUACAGUACGUCAUGGUAUGAUUGAAGUACCUGUUUUCUAGUAGGUGUUGUUUGUGUCUCACUGCUGUAAUUAUUGUUGUUUGCUCAUUCGCUUCUUUCGUUGUUGUGAUUAUUUAUUGAAGGCUGUGUUUAUAUGAAGGAAAUGAUAAAGCAGCCCAUGAAACUGUGUCUGACCCUCCCUCCCCCUCCCCCUCCCCCUCUCUGAUCAAGUUUGUGUAUGCACUGUGCAGUGAAUGUUUUGCUCUUCCUGUCUAUCUGUCUCUGUCUGUCUGUCUGUCUCUCCUUUCUUUCUUUAUUUUCUUUCUUUCGAUUCAAAGUGUUUUAUUGGCUUGGGAUAUGUAUGCUUACAUUGCCAAAGCAAGUGAAAUAGAUAAUUAACAGAAGUGAAAUAAAUAAUUU